ACCCGCAAAAGGCCAGAGGGUGAGAAACGCCCACAUGUCAGACAUAUGCUAUAUGAUUUAUAUGUUUUUCACGGAGCUGUUCAAUAACACAAUGUUCCCGACUUUAGAGCAGACACUACUAAUGACUGACCUCAAAACACGAGUGCACGUUAACUAAUUACUCCAUGACCCGUUAAUGUCGCCCUCACUAUGUGACAGAUAAUCACAGUAUUGUGUUUACAUUUUGACUGAUGAUGUUCUUUUUUUAGCAUGAGCCCAGUCAAAGAAGCUAGACGCGGUUUGUGUAUUAGUAUAUGAAACAAAGCAACGUUAUUCAUGCUGUGAGCCAUCAAAUACUACAGAUGUCACGUCCUGAAUGUACUUGUGUUUUUGUCUGCAGGAUGGUGGUCGAUGGAGGCAGUGGACGUACCUGUGAGUGGGAGGGUCGGUGGAACCAUGUCAAAAAGUUUCUGGAAAGGUCAGGACCCUUCACGCAUCCUGACUUUGAACCCAGCACCGAGUCAUUGCAGUUUAUGCUGGAAACCUGCAAAAUCCUGGUCAUUGGUGCUGGUGGUUUGGGAUGUGAGCUGCUGAAAAACCUGGCUUUAUCGGGAUUUCGCAACAUUCAUGUUGUUGACAUGGACACCGUCGAUGUGUCAAACCUGAAUCGACAGUUUCUCUUCAGACCAGACGACGUAGGUCGACCCAAGGCGGACGUCGCAGCGGAUUUCGUCAACAACCGCAUACCUGGAUGCUGUGUAGUCCCACAUUUUAAGAAAAUUCAAGACAUAGAUGAAACAUUCUAUAGACAAUUUCAUAUCAUCGUCUGUGGACUGGACUCUAUAGUUGCCAGAAGGUGGAUGAAUGGAAUGCUGCUGUCUUUGCUGGUGUAUGAGGAUGGUGUCCUGGACCCACGUUCCAUCGUUCCUUUAAUUGACGGUGGGACGGAAGGCUUUAAAGGCAACGCCCGAGUCAUCCUCCCUGGCAUGACCGCCUGCAUCGAUUGCACCCUAGAGCUUUACCCUCCUCAGAUUAACUUCCCCAUGUGUACAAUAGCCUCGAUGCCUCGUUUGCCAGAACAUUGCGUCGAGUAUGUCCGGAUGCUGCUCUGGCCUAAAGAGAUGCCCUUUGGAGAUGGUGUCGUCCUGGAUGGGGAUGACCCAGAGCACAUACAGUGGGUGUACCAAAGAUCCCUGGAGAGGGCAGCGGAUUUCAACAUAACUGGAGUCACAUACAGACUAACCCAGGGUGUUGUGAAGAGGAUCAUUCCCGCUGUAGCGUCUACAAAUGCUGUCAUAGCCGCUGCUUGUGCAACUGAGGUUUUCAAAAUAGCCUCAAGUGCCUAUAUACCUCUCAACAACUACAUGGUCUUUAACGAUGUUGAUGGUCUGUACACCUACACUUUCGAAGCAGAACGGAAGGAAAACUGUUCAGCCUGCAGCCAAGUACCUCUGAACUUGCACUUUUCUCCAUCUUCCAAACUCCAGGAGAUGUUGGACCACCUGACAGAGAGCGCUUCCCUACAAAUGAAAUCACCUGCUAUAACCGCAACAGUGGAAGGAAAGAACAAAACAUUAUAUUUACAGUCUGUAGCUUCAAUUGAACAGAGGACCCGUCCAAAUCUGUCCAAAACCCUAAAGGACCUGGGGCUGACUGAUGGACAGGAGUUGGCUGUAGCUGAUGCCACCUCACCCCAAACCAUGUUAUUCAGACUCCGCUUUACCUCGUAGGAUGAACUCAAGCACCCGCACAGCCAGUUGAUGUCAUUCUUUUUUCUUAGCCAACUAUGAAUGCAGCAUAUUUAAAAUGGCCUAAAAACUGGAACAGUUUACAGUGUUUUAAGUCACAGUGUAAAUGAGUAUACAUAAUUUCAUUGUUUUAAUGUAAUUAUUGACUAAUGUUUUGCACUGAAAAGCCAAAAUCAUAAUUCAUACCUUUGUAUUUUCUUUUGGUGAUACAGUACCUGCAAAUGUUAAGGAUUUCUGCAAUAAUGUGUUAUCUGCACUAUAACAUAAUGUGUGCUAUAUGCAAGCAAAGAGACAAAAAUGGUUACUUUGGUAAUUAUUGUGUACAUUCGUUCUGUUUUUGAAUAUUUAUUUAUCCCAAAAGUUUUUUUAGGUGCAUAACCACUGCAGUGGUAGUGGACAGAUAAUAAUAAUAAUAAUAAAAAUGCUUUUCCUAAAGUUU